UCUGACACUGACAUCUGGUUUCAACUGUUUCCAUUUGGCACAUUUGUGUUUUGUGCUACCUAUUUUUCACGCAUUUUGAGAUAUUUUGUCCAUAAUCGUUGUUUGAUUUAACGUAAAUAAUUAUAAUAACCAUGGCCUUAUCAAUGUUUCUUCGUGCUCCAGUUUGCACAAACCAGGCCUUCAGCAAACAGAUAAUGCGGCUAGCAACAUUCUCAGCAACAAAUGGAUCCUCAUUGACUGCACCAACACUUCCCAGUGUUGUCCCUCUCAAGAACAUUGUAGGCAAAUCAGAAAUUACACCAAUAACUAAUUCGGUUCGUUCAUUUCGUACAUCAGCAGUGCGCAUGUCCGACGAGAAGCCCCACGACCAUUCCAAGCUGUGGGUGAUAGAGAAGGGUGUCAGUGCUCUGCUGGUGCCUCUCAUCCCACUCGGCCUCCUUGUUCCCAACAAGCUGUUUGACUCUAUUCUUGCCAUUCUCAUCACAGCUCAUAGCUUUUGGGGUUUAGAGGCGAUCGCUGUUGACUACGUGCGCGCCAGUAUAUUCGGCCCAGUUAUACCCAAAAUUGCCAUCGGCCUGGUGUACCUGCUGUCCAUUGCGACCUUGGGCGGCCUCUUCUACGUCAUCAGUCACGACGUCGGCAUCGCCAACACCGUCCGCCAGCUCUGGUCCGUCAAGUCAAACUCACACAAUGCGUGAAAGUCUUAACAACAAACUUAGAUGUUGGCAAUAUUUAAACAACUUUUGGUCCUGUUGGUAAUUGUUAUUGUUUUUGACU